AAGCGCGAGACUAACGGCCCUCGGUAAACUACCCAAACGCCACCUUCUUCUUAACAAAAGACGCACACUUUCCCUCGUUUUCUCGGAUUUUCUCCACAGUUUUCUCUCCCCACAAAUACCACCUAAAUUCCCGCAUGCACACAUAAAAAAUCUGCAACUAACAACACCGCAAUCUUUUAUCUAAUAACACCCCCAUGCAGUCGACCAAGACCAAAAAAACCAACAGCAGCACUGACCAAAACAGGAAAAACAAGAACAAAAACAAGUUCUUGUUGUGUUUUAGACCAGUGGUUAUGGACGGUCUAGAGCGACAAGGCCUUGAAGAGGGCGGGGGCCACUAUGGCGGAGGAGAUCCAGUUCUUAAGUGUGUCAAGUUGGAGAUCAAAGACGGAGAAGUUUUCCCUCAGAUAUUUCCCACCAACCUACCAUCGUCAAGCAAGGAAUCAACUGCUUACCCGGAAAAGAGAGGACACAAGAAGAAUAUUUCUCGCUUAUUGAAGGCAAUUUUGUUCGAGACAUCACUGGCCAAGAAGAAUAAGAAAAGGAAACUUUUGCAAAAGUUGAAACAGUCAGAAAAGGUUGAGAAAGAAUCAAACCCAGAAAAAAACUCAGUAGAUUCCAAGAAUAAAGAAUUGGCCAAGAAAGAUGAUGGAAUAAAUAUCUCCAACAGCAACAUGACUGGCUCUUCACAUUCUUCUUUAUGGUCCUCGAGUUCUUCAUCGCUUUCUUUAAAUUCAAGGUCAUUAUCUGAUACAAGCCGGUCAUUUCGAUCAAAUUCAUCCGAAUUUAAACCCAAGCAGGACAAUAUGCAAGGGAAUGGAAAAGGGCAUACUUCUACUAUCGGUCUGUGUUUGGUUCUUGUAAGUCUCAUGGUUUUGGUCUUAUGGGGCAAGGUAUGUGCUAUAUUAUGCACCUCAACAUGGCUUUUCUUGGUGCCUCGUUGUUCGAAAGCCAGGAUUAAUAACUUAUCGCAAAAGAUACUUGAUUAUGAAGGGAUUGAUUCAAAAGAGUACAAGAAGAUGAUUAUUAUGGAGGGGUUACUGGAAAGGAGCCGUAAUCAUGUUCUUUAACCCUUUAAUUUGACAAGCAGAAAUUAAUAGAGCUAGAAUCGGAUUUAAAUAAUUUUUGAGGUUUCAUAUUGCUGCCUUGUGUUUGCAUAGAGAAUAUUCAGGUUAUUUUUUUAAAAAAGAUUUUGAUGACAUGAAGCUGGCCUUGAGAAUGCUAGCUAUGGGGGGUCUCGUGAUUUUGUAAUUUCCUCUUAUAACUGAAAAUGCAUUCAUGUUUCUAAGAUUA